AUGACGGGGGGGAGCGGCGCUCCGCAGAGGAACGUCUCGUCCGCGGACGGGAGCGCGGAGCUGCUGCGCUUCCCCUGGGCGGUGUCCGUGCUCGCCACCGUGCUCAUCACCACCAUCGUGGUGGACAUCCUGGGCAACCUGCUCGUCAUCUUCUCCGUCUUCAGGAACAGGAAACUCAGGAAAGCAGGAAAUGCCUUCGUGGUGAGUUUGGCAGUGGCAGAUUUGGUGGUGGCCAUCUACCCGUACCCCCUGGUGCUGACGGCCAUCUUCCACGACGGCUGGAUAGCGGGCUACAUCCACUGCCAGAUCAGCGGCUUCCUCAUGGGCCUCAGCGUCAUUGGCUCCAUCUUCAACAUCACCGGCAUCGCCAUCAACCGCUACUGCUAUAUCUGCCACAGCCUGCAGUACGACAAGCUCUUCUCCAACAAGAACACGGUGUGCUACGUGAUCCUCGUGUGGGUGCUUACCACCUUGGCCAUCGUGCCCAACUGGUUCGUGGAGUCGCUGCAGUAUGACCCACGCGUCUACUCCUGCACGUUUGCCCAGUCUGUCAGCUCGCUCUACACCAUCACCGUUGUGGUGGUCCAUUUUAUCCUACCUAUCAGCAUCGUCACCUACUGCUACCUGCGCAUCUGGGUCCUUGUCAUCCAGGUACGCAAGCGGGUCAAGCCGGACAACCGACUCAAGAUCAAGCCGCACGACUUCCGCAACUUCCUCACAAUGUUUGUGGUGUUUGUGCUCUUUGCCGUGUGCUGGGCGCCGCUGAACCUGAUUGGCCUGGCAGUGGCCGUGAACCCCCGGCUGGGCUUGGCCAUCCCCGAGUGGCUUUUCACCGCGAGCUACUUCAUGGCCUAUUUCAACAGCUGCUUGAACGCGGUCAUCUACGGCGUCCUGAACAACAACUUUCGCAAGGAGUACAAGCGAAUCGUGAUGGCCAUCUUCAAGCUCCGCUGUUGAAAGUCGUGAGGAGACGAGCCCUCGACUCCAGCGGCUGACACCGUCCGCAAAGUGCAAAGGUCUUCUGAGAGCAAACGGAAAAAAAAUCUAUAACGGCUGAAUGUAAAUAAGAUAUCGACACGAACACCAGAUACAACUUUUCUAAUGAGUUUCAUCUGUCCGAACUCAUGUUUCGUCUGCACAUGUACACCAUGUUUCGGGUGUGCUCCUCAGAAGAGUUAAUUGAUGUUUGAAUGCUCCUUCUGCAGCUCUGGAUUUCGCACACAAACACAGUUCUCCCGAGACCUGACGAUUUCUAUUCCAAAGAAAUAUCUGUAGGGUUAUCAGUACAAUUCCAGAGGCGCAGUUAUGCCACAACAAACCAGACCAAUUGUCGAUGCCCGUUGCUGUUGCGGUAAACAAGGUUUUUUAAAGCUUUCAAAGUCAACUGUGGUUUAAAUUAUUUAACAAGUGGAUUUUGCUCACUGUACUUUGUCUGAGGACAAAGAGACAUUGUGGCGAUGAAUUUUCACU